AGCCUCUUAGGGGAAUAUCCCCUCGGCUGUCGGCAAUAGUAGAGCAGAGCGGAUGCUACCCGCACCCGGCGCGCGAGCGGACGGACAUGGCGGCUCACGUGCUCGUCUUCCCGGGCCCGGCGCAGGGCCACAUCAACUGCAUGACGCACUUCGCCACCGGCCUCGUCGCCGCCGGCCUGCACGUCACGUUCCUUCACACCGACCACAGCCUCCGCCGCCUUGGUGCCGCCGCGGCCGCCGCCUCACCGCGGCGGCUCCGGUUCUUGUCCAUCCCCGACGGCCUCCCCGACGACCACGCGCGCGCCGUCGGCGACAUCCUCGAGCUCCUGGAGUCGCUGCGGACCAAAGGCAGCGUCGCGUACCGCUCCUUGCUUACUAGGCUUGUGUGUGCAGGUGACGGCACCGGCUUCCCUCCGGUGACCUGCGUCGUCGCCGAUGCCAUCAUGCCGUUCGCCGUCGACAUCGCCGAGGAGCUCGGCGUGCCCGCGCUGGCUUUCCGCACGGCGAGCGCCUGUAGCGUCUUGGCGUACCUGUCCGUGCCGAAGCUUUUGGAGCUCGGUGAGCUCCCCUUCCCUGCCGGCGGCGACCUCGACGAACCCGUGCGCGGCGUUCCGGGCAUGGAGAGCUUCCUCCGCCGACGGGAUCUUCCGAGCCAUUUCCGGAUGCCCACCGACAACCAGAUCGAUCCCUUGCUUCAAGUGCUCACAGAGAUCACCGCGUGCAGCCGCAGAGCACGGGCGGUCGUGCUCAACACGGCCGCGUCCAUGGAGGGGCCGGCCGUCACUCACAUCGCGUCGCAUAUGCGCGACGUCUUCGCCGUCGGUCCUGUCCACGCCAUGUCCCCGGCGCCGGCGGCCGCGGGCAGCCUAUGGCGCGCGGACGACGGCUGCACGGCAUGGCUCGACGGCCAGGCUGACCGGUCGGUCGUGUACGUGAGCAUGGGCAGCUUCGCCGUCAUCUCGCACCAGCAGUUCACGGAGCUCCUGUCCGGCCUCGUCGCCGCCGGGUAUCCGUUCCUCUGGGUGCUCCGGCCGGACAUGGUCGGAGCGAGCCAGAACGCCGCCGUCCAAGAAGCCGUCAGGGCUGCAGGAGGGAACAGCAGGGCGCUGGUCGUGGAGUGGGCGCCGCAGCGGGACGUGCUGCGCCACCGCGCCGUGGGUUGCUUCCUGACGCACGCCGGGUGGAACUCGACGCAGGAGGCCGCCGCCGAGGGCGUGCCGAUGGUGUGCUGGCCGUUCUUCUCCGACCAGCAGAUGAACAGCCGGUUCGUGGGCGCCGUGUGGAGGACGGGGCUGGACAUGAAGGACGUGUGCGACAGGGCCGUGGUGGAGAGGAUGGUCAGGGAGGCGAUGGAGUCCGCCGACAUCAGAGCAUCGGCCCAGGCGCUGGCGCGGCAGGUGAGGCGGGACGUCGCCGCCGGCGGCUCGUCGGCGGCGGAGUUCGAGCGGCUGGUCGGGUUCAUCAAGGAGCUCAGCACGAACAGCGUUCAUCAGCCGCACUCAAGCAUUCAGAAUUCAGACAAUAAUGAAAAGAUGAGUUAAGAUUCGGUCCGAAGGUUGCAGAGAAAUAUUCUCAGUUCUCUGUUAUUCUUUUUUCAUCAUGAUGCAUCAUGUGCAGAGUCGCUCUUUCUCUGAAUUGUGAAUUUUGUGGGUCUGUGGCAUGUCCUCUGGUGCGUGCGACACAGAAGCCGGUGGCCUUGAAUUGAAUUGCUACUGGUGCCUGCAAAAGAAUCGAUCUGUUUUGUGUGACCCUUCCACUGCAUUUGAUUGCAAGAAAACAAAUUUACGGCCGGGC